CCGAAUAGAAAGCUAAGUGUCCUUGGCCCUUCCUUUGGGGUUCAAAAUUGGCCCUGAAGAGCUUCAAAGCCCCACCGUUUUUGCAGUCGCGGGAAUGGCUCAAGGCUAUUAACGGUGAAGCUUUCCUGGCCUUCAGUCAAGGCUUGCAGACCAUCAGACUGUGAUCUGAACUGUCCAGAAGAGAUGCCGAACGCUGCCAUCACGUCUGAGGCUCAUCCCCAUUCGCCUUCCACUGGUCUGUUCAAGAAAGGUGCCUCUCCUUGCUGUUUCAAUGCUAGAUCUGUAGUCUGUUUCUGUGCAAACAAUUCUCCAGAUCCUUUAUUCUGCUGAAAUCUGAUCUGGAGGUGGGCACCUCCUUCCAGGGUUGUGGUAGGCGCUGAUGCAGCUGGACUGGGCAUUCGAGACAGAAAUAUUCGCCGGCCGAGAACAUUUGGGUGGCGGCGGCAUCCAUUCUUUCAUGUGUCCUGUUCUGGAUUUAUCCCUGAAACUCAUUCCAUCAUGUUUUGGUGCUUUUGCCUUCUGUCGGAGGACGAGAAGAGAGCCGUUGCCAUCGACAGAGAGAUCAACCGCCUUCUCCAGGAGCAAAAGAAGAAGGACCGAUGGGAACUGAAGCUCCUUUUGCUGGGCACCGGGGAGAGCGGGAAGAGCACCUUUAUCAAACAGAUGCGGAUCAUUCAUGGGGUGGGCUACACAGAGGAGGACCGCAAGGCCUUCGCAAAGAUCGUCUACCAGAAUAUCUUCAUGUCCAUCCAGGCCAUGAUCAAGGCCAUGGAGACCCUCCAGAUCCCAUAUGAAAGUCCGGAGAACGCGCAAAAGGCUCGGUUGCUACUAGGAGUCGAUGCCUACAAGGCCACCGUCUUAGACGCGGAGCAAGCAAAGAGCAUUGCCAGUCUCUGGAAGGACGCCGGGAUCCAAACCUGCUACCUGAGGCGGAGGGAAUAUCACCUGCUGGAUUCCACCCCUUAUUUCCUGUCACACCUGGAGCGCAUUGCAGCGGAGGGGUAUGUGCCCAGCGCCCAGGACAUCCUGCGGACCCGCGUCCCAACCACUGGCAUCAAUGAGUACUGUUUCCUGGUCCAAAAGGUCACACUCAGGAUUGUCGACGUUGGCGGCCAGAAGUCGGAGCGCCGGAAGUGGAUCCACUGCUUUGAAAAAGUGAUCGCAUUGAUCUACUUGGCAUCGCUCAGCGAAUACGACCAAUCCCUGGAGGAGAACAGCAGCGAAAACCGGAUGCAGGAGAGCUUGGAUCUUUUCCGAACCAUCCUGGACCUGCCUUGGUUCUCAAACGCCUCCAUCAUCCUCUUCCUCAACAAAGUGGACAUUUUAGAGGAGAAGAUCCUGAGCUCAGACUUGUCGGCCUAUUUCCCGGCAUUCACAGGUCCAAAACGCGACGCGGCGGCCGCCAAGCGCUUCAUCCUCGAAAUGUACACCGAGGUCUUUGGCCAAUCUUCGGCAGCUUUGGACGGUGCCUACGGAGCAGGGCUUGCCAACGAGAGCUCCCGACCCCGGAUCCUCUACCCGCACUACACGUGUGCCACAGACACGCGGAACAUCAGCACUGUUUUCGAGGACAUCAAGGACGCCGUUCUGGCCGGCUAUUUGGACGAGUUCAACCUGGUCUAAAAGCAAGCGGUGGACCUCAUCAUGGGGCAUGAAUAGAGACAUUAUUAUUGCCGGAGACAUCAAUCCUCGAAUUUGGGGUGAAAUGUCUUCAGAGCUUCCCAUGGGACAUUGGACUCUGUCUGUAUAUAAUUGUAUAGUAUCUUAUACCCCUUGGUUAAAAUAACCAAAAGGUGUGGCGAGAUGCAUUUCUGAGCAAUGUUCAAUUGUGGUGAAGAAUCCUCGCCUUUUGCAGUUCGAAUGAGCCAUCAAGGGUUAUUAGCUUUGCAAAAGGCCCCUCUGGAUGGAGAUGGAACUCACCUGGUGGCCUUCUCUGCUUCCGUAUUUAUUUCGUAAGGCUUGUUAACAAAAGAUAUUGUGACGAGUGUCUGCACUUCACAAUUUGCCAUGCAACAAGUGACUCACAGUUGCAUCACAAAGCUUCUAAUCCCACAAUGUUGUCUUUGUCAGUCCCUAGCUACUUCCUUUUGCUAGAUCAGUGUUUCUCUACCUUCCUAAUGGUGCGAUCCCUUAAUACAAAUUCUCAUGUCGUGGUGACCCCCAACCGUAACAUUAUUU